UUCCUGCAGGAGUUGGCAGAAAGGGAGGGUCGUUAGGGCAAGGUGCUCACACCUGGCUAGGCCUCUACCCAAGGUGAUAUAAGCCAGCCUGGUCUCAUUGUCUCUCUCUCUCUCCUAGGCUCCACGCCGCUACAGGUUCUUGGUUCUUGGUUCUUUUUGGCGUCUUCCUUGUACACUCAACAGGAGCACACACAUCUCACUCAUCCAUACACUACAUUCACCACUGAUGCCACUACUCUCCACACCUCAUGCUUUUUGUACAUAUAAUUGUUCAAGUUAUAAUAAAACCUUUUCAUUUAGCACUUUCAAUCCUGACUCGUCUCCCCUCCUUGUCACAUAUGUUGAGCCAGUUUGUGACAAGUGGGGGCUCGUCCGGGAUACAGUAUUAGGAUUAAAAUAGCUUAAAUUUGGUCUGUACUGGUAAAUUGGCCCGGUUUAGGUUGGUGUGUGCUUCCUCCUCUUGCAGACAAUGGUUUUUGGUUUGCUUUGUUGGAGUGUACACUACUUGUUGUUGGACAUAGCUGACUGUGCGUUGGUUAGUCAUCAACUGUUCUGGGAGGGGAAAUGUCAGGUUGUUGUCAGUGCUGGUUAUUUCUUGUAGGAAAUUAAGGAGAGGUAUUUGGUCCAUUUCUGUUUGUGGUGAAGGUGAUUGGAUUUGACUGGGGCUUUGCGUUUAGCCCUAUCUGGGGUAUGUUGGUAUCUGUUGGAGCAGGAGUUUCUACCCCCUGUUAGGUUUGGUAGCGGGUUCCUUUAGGGGACUCGUGGUGAUCACUUUAGGUGGCGGCGAAGGUGGGUAGAGCUAUUAGCUCGGGAGCACCUCUAGGGUUGGGAGAGGGUUGCCAGUCCUCUGGUGGCCUUCUUCUCACCACUGGUUUCGCGUGCAUAAGUACCCCCCACCAUUAACUGCACGAAGACUAGGAUAAGUUAGUUAGCUAGUUUUAAUGGUUGUAGUUAAUAUCAGUAAAGGGGGGAGGCUCCUGUUCACCUGUUACCUCAGGUUUGGGUUUUCUGCGUGUCUCAGUCAAGGUUUGUAACUUGUUAGGCUGAUUGUUUUUGAGGAUGGCUUCCCUUGUGGAGAGUUUCAUCCAGGAUCCUUCACAGGCUUUGCUGGACCAGUGCACUAAAGAUCAACUUCUUAGGAUAGCAGAGCACUAUGAAGUUGACAUUUCAGAUAUAAAGUUAAAGGAGAGUGUGAAGACCUGCUUAAGGGAUGGUCUGUUUGAGGCUGGAGUUUUGUGCAGGCAGUCUGUAAGCAGUCCAGUGACCAGUGUAGUGCCUAAUCCUGGAGCUCUAACAUUUGAACAACAGAAGGAGUUGCUGCAGUUGCAGUUAAAACAGCAGUUAGAGUUGGAGAGGUUGAAAUGUGAAAAGGAAGUAGAGUUGGAAACUAUAAAGCAUAAAACUGAGUGUGCCAAGUUGGAAAUGCAACAGCAUCAACUACAGCUGGUAAGAGAGGGUAAACUUUCAGAUAUGGGGAGAGUGGAUAGUUUUGAGGCCUCAGGGGGCAAGUCUUCCCAGUGUGACCUGGUUAAUAAUCUCCGCCUGCUUCCCAGGUUUAGUGAGUCUGAUCCAGAUUCAUUUUUUUCUCUGUUUGAGAGGAUAGCAGAUGCUCGAGACUGGCCAGACGCAGACAGAACGAUGCUGUUACAGUGUGUUCUGACUGGAAAGGCCCAGGAGGCUUACUCUGCUUUAGGUGUAUCAGAAAGUAAGGUUUAUGACACAGUGAAGGCAGCAGUGUUAAAAGCUUAUGAACUUGUGCCAGAGGCAUAUCGCCAGCGUUUCAGAUCUGGGAAGAGGCGGGAUAAUCAGACCUACACUGAAUUGGCCCGUGAUUUGACUUCCCAGUUUAACCGCUGGUGUGCAGCAUCUGAAGUUGUUGCAUUUGAUGAUCUCUGCAACCUGGUGGUACUGGAACAACUUAAGAACUCUGUACCUGAGCGGGUGGCUACCUACAUUACUGAACAUAAGGUAAAAACCCCGAGAGAUGCUGCAGUCUUGGCUGAUGAGUAUGUUCUAACACACAGAAGUUUCUGGGACACAACGGGAGCAGCUGGUCAUAGAAAUGACACUUAUUCUAGGCCAGUAAAGAUAAAAACAGCUAACGAGGCAGAUCGGCAAAAGUUUACUCAGGGUGGGCGGAGUUCAGUAGUAAAUUCUGACACCUGUAGGUACUGUCAGGCAAGGGGGCACUGGAAAAAGGAGUGUCCAGUGCUGAAAGCCAGGAGGUCCUCUGGUCGGGUGAAACCUGCUGUUAUGGCUGCUCCAGUUAUAACAUCUGAGAGCAGGGCGUUAGGUCAAGUGCAGGCUUGUACUAAGCCGGUAGCUCCUCAGGAUGACUACUCUGCUUUCAUUUCGGAUGGGUGGGUCUCUUUGGUAGGAGGUGGGGUGCAGGUUCCCAUUAAAAUCCUAAGAGAUACUGGAGCACUAGAUUCUUUCAUUCUUGAGUCUGUGUUACCAUUUUCAUCCAGGACUGAUACUGGUGGAUGUGUAAUCACACUGGGGAUGGGUAUGGUUCCAUUCUCGGUCCCAUUGCAUCGGUUGGUUCUAAAUUGUGGUCUUGUUCAGGGGGAGGUGUCAGUGGGUGUUCGUCCCCAGUUACCUAUUGGGGGUUUGCAUAUGAUUUUGGGGAAUGAUUUGGCUGGUGACAAGGUGUGGGCCGAUGGUCAGCCUAAUGUAGUGCAGCCCCCUACAUUCCCCACUGUAGUAGAGCCCUCUGUGACACCACUGCACUUGGGUGACAUUUUCCCAGCCUGUGCCGUCACUCGUGCUGCCAGUCGUGAUGCUCAGAGGAUGGUGGAGCCAGAGUGGUUGGAGUUGCCAGAUUCUUUGCUGGUUGACCAGUUAGCGGGUUCUCAGGCUGAGCUAGUGGCAGAACAGAAGGCUGAUUCCUCUUUAAUGGAGCUGUUUGACCAAGUUGUGCCAGCAUCAGAGGUGAGGGAUACUGCCCAGUGCUAUUUCCUCCUAAAUGGGCUAUUGGUUCGGAAGUGGCUGUCACAUGGUGAUGCAUCUGUAGGAGAGCCAAUCUUCCAAGUUGUUGUCCCUACAAACUGUCGCAAUAAAGUGCUCCAGACGUCACAUGGUGACGUGGCAGGUCAUCUUGGCGUCCGUAAAACUUACCACCGUAUAUUGCAGCAUUUCUUCUGGCCACGCUUAAAGAGAGAUGUUGCUCUUUUCGUUAAGACGUGUCAUACCUGUCAGAUCACUGGCAAGCCAAAUCAGGUUGUUAAACCUGCUCCUCUACAGCCAAUCCCCGCCAUUGGACAGCCAUUUGAGCAUUUGAUUAUUGAUUGUGUGGGGCCCCUACCUCGGUCCAAAUCUGGACACACAUAUUUGCUGACUGUAAUGUGUCAGGUUACCAGGUAUCCUGCUGCUUACCCACUUCGCAGCAUUACAGCCAAAGCCGUGGUUGGAGCGUUGACUCAGUUCAUUUCAGUAUUUGGCAUCCCUAAAGUCAUACAGUCUGACCAAGGUUCUAACUUCACAUCCCAUCUGUUUGCUCAGGUGCUUAAACAAUUACACAUCAAGCAUAACAAAUCAACAGCCUACCAUGCGCAAAGUCAGGGUGCGCUUGAACGUUUCCACCAAACGUUGAAAUCACUGUUGCGAGCUUAUUGUACAGAACUGUCGGGUGACUGGGGGGGUGGGCUGCCCUGGUUGCUGUUAGCAGCUCGCGAAGUUAUCCAGGAAAGUACUGGAUUCAGCCCGAAUGAACUGGUGUUUGGCCAUAAAGUGCGUGGCCCACUUGCAGUUUUGCAAGAUGGUUGUUUGCCAGAGGAUCCACCUCCAAAUCUUAAGGAUUAUGUUAGUGGUUUCAGAUUGAAACUGUACAGGGCAGGUGAGCUGGCUAAGCAAAAGCUGCAGAAGUCACAGGGCAAGAUGAAGCAACGAUAUGACCAACGGGCUGAGGCUCGCCAGUUUAACCCAGGUGACCGUGUACUUACUCUUCUGCCUCUGGUAGAUUCCCCUUUUCAAGCUAAGUACAGUGGUCCUUUCUCUGUGGUGCGUCAAGUCUCUGAUCUAAACUAUUUGAUUGAAACUCCUGGCCGUAGAAAAUCUACAAGGUUGUGUCAUGUAAACCUCCUGAAGCCAUAUCACACUAGUGAGUCUGUGUCUCCACUGCCGAAGAGCUCUCCAGCCAAGCCAAUGUUGGUCUCUGGCCCUGUUUUGACCUCUUCCAUGUCUGAACUAGUGGUAGUUGAGGAGGAAGGGUUGGAUAUUGCUCCAGAUGAUGGGUUGUUGCGGGGCCGGUUGAAAAAUUCAGAGACGUUACAAGAUCUAAAUAUCCUUGUCGGGCACUUAAAUGUGGUUAAACGUGAUGAAUUGAUUAAACUAAUUAACAGCUAUCUAUCACUGUUUUCUGAUACCCCAACCCAAACGCACUUAAUUGAGCAUGACAUAGAUGUUGGAGUUGCUGAGCCCAUCAAGCAGCGUUUUUAUCGUGUGUCAGAUGAAAAAAGGAGACAGUUGGAGGCUGAAGUACAGUACAUGCUGGAUAAUGAUAUUGCUGAGCCUUGUUCAUCAAACUGGGCCUCCCCAUGCCUCCUAGUAAAAAAGGCAGAUGCUAGUUUGAGGCCCUGCACUGACUAUCGUAAGGUGAACAGUAUCACUAAACCUGAUCUGUAUCCACUUCCUCGUAUGGAAGAUUGUAUUGAUAUGGUAGGUUCAGCCACAUUUGUGAGCAAAUUUGAUCUUCUCAAAGGGUACUGGCAAGUCCCACUCACCAAAAGGGCAAGGGAUAUUUCAGCCUUCAUAACUCCUUCUGGCUUGUAUUCGUACACUGUUAUGCCAUUUGGUUUGAGGAAUGCUCCUGCAACAUUUCAACGGCUAAUGAAUCGGGUUGUUUCAGGGCUUACAGGUUGUGCAGUAUACCUAGAUGAUGUUGUGGUGUAUUCUGACACCUGGGAAGAACAUGUACAGCGUAUAGGUGCUCUCUUUGACAGGUUGGUCUGGGCCAACUUGACAGUAAAUCUGGCCAAGUGUGAGUUUGCCAGAGCCACUGUGACCUAUCUUGGGAAGGUGGUGGGUCAAGGCCAGGUUCGACCUGUGGAGGCCAAGGUCAUGGCAGUGCAAAAGUUUCCCCCCCCUACCACCAAGAAAGAGCUGAUGCGUUUCCUAGGGUUGGUAGGCUACUACCGCAGUUUUUGCAAGAACUUUUCAUCUGUGGUUGCACCCUUGACCGACCUCUUGAAAGCUAAAGCUGAAUAUAUUUGGUCUUCAAUGUGUCAAAAUGCAUUUGACAGUGUAAAAGCCUUGUUGUGUUCAGCCCCAGUGCUGGCAGCGCCACGAUUUGAUCAGCCCUUUAAACUUCAUGUAGAUGCCAGCAAUGUGGGUGUUGGGGCCGUCCUGUUGCAGGAGAAUGCGGAGGGUGUAGAGUGUCCUGUGAGCUUCUUCUCAAGAAAAUUUAACAAGCAUCAAUACAACUAUUCAGUGAUUGAGAAGGAGGCUUUGGCACUUGUUUGGGCUCUGCAGCAUUUUGAUGUCUAUGUCGGCUCAGGGUUAUCUCCGCUGACUGUCUUCACUGACCAUAACCCCCUCACCUUCUUGAAGUCACUGCAAAAUCCUAAUCAGAGGCUAAUGAGGCUGCUGGGUUGGUGAGGAUGGAGGGAUGUGCUGGAGGAUGCAGCCUGGGGGGAGUGCAGUACUGACUGUCAGUUAUUGGUAACGUAUGAACCAUGACAGAUUGGAACAUAUUGACACUUAUUUGAUGUAUAACACGAGGUGGAACCUCGUUCUUAUGGAGGGGGGUGUGACGACCCCUCCCUUUCUGCUAGCAUCAUGCAGUUGAUUACUUCCUGCAGGAGUUGGCAGAAAGGGAGGGUCGUUAGGGCAAGGUGCUCACACCUGGCUAGGCCUCUACCCAAGGUGAUAUAAGCCAGCCUGGUCUCAUUGUCUCUCUCUCUCUCCUAGGCUCCACGCCGCUACAGGUUCUUGGUUCUUGGUUCUUUUUGGCGUCUUCCUUGUACACUCAACAGGAGCACACACAUCUCACUCAUCCAUACACUACAUUCACCACUGAUGCCACUACUCUCCACACCUCAUGCUUUUUGUACAUAUAAUUGUUCAAGUUAUAAUAAAACCUUUUCAUUUAGCACUUUCAA